CAUUUCCGGGAGCGCCUGGAGGUCUUGCUCCGCUGGUUUCACUUUUGGGUCUGGCCUCCUGCGGGCUGAGCGCUCCCUCGGCGACUCCGGAGCGCACUCCCGGGUGACCCCGGCCCAGGGCUUCCUCGCCUCGCUGUGUGGGCCUGGAACCCGGGCGCCACGGUUUCGGCCAGCCUGGGGGCCCAGUGACCUCCUCCUGGAGCAUGGCAUCAGCCUUCGAGCGGGUGGUCAAGAGCGUGGGGCUGGAACUGGACCAGAACAGAGAGCUGGUCCCCGUGUACAGCCUACAGAGCUCUGCCAACUUCCAGCCCUACCGCCUUCUGAGCCGGAAGCCGAGCUCCAGGUUCUUCAGACGCUACACAUGUGUCAACCUGUCCAUCAGGGACAUCCUGGAGCCAGACGCACCAGAACCAGCUGUCGAGCAUGUUGGUCCCUUCUACUUCCAAGACGCCGUGGAUGGGCAUCUGGGGGGCAGCGUGGAGGUGGUGGCCCCGGGACAGGGGAAGAUUGCAGGCGGGGCCGCAGUGUCUGGCAGCUCCAGCGCCUCCAUGAAUGUGUGCAAGCUGCAAGUGCCCCCCAACGCCUGGGUGGCCAUGCACCGAGAGAGGCGCCUGCGGCAGCCUGAGCACAAAAUUCUACAGGAGCUGCGGAACCGUGGGCGUGAUGUGUUCGUGGUGACGGAGGUGCUGCAGACCCAGAAGGAGGUGGAAGUCACCCGCACCCACAAGCACGAGGGCUCAGGCCAGUUCUCGCUGCCCGGAGCUGUGUGCUUCCAGGGCGAGGGCAAGGGCCACCUGAGCCGGAAGAAGACGGUCACCAUCCCCUCGGGCAGUGUUCUCGCAUUCCGGGUGGCCCAGCUAGUAUUUACUGGCCCUGAGUGGGACAUCCUCUUCGUCCCAGAGAAGAGGCAGAGGACCUUCAUGCGGCCCCAGACAGCAGGUGACCAGCCACAGCGACCAUCCUCCCUCUCCACCCUCCUAAAGUCCAUAGGCGAUCACCUUAGGUUCCUGUCAGAUGGGCUCGGUGAGGACCAAGUGGUGUCCACAGAAGACUUCCAGGGCCUGCAGGCAGAGGUGAAAGCCUGGGCUGGGUUCCUGGAGAACUUGUCCAAGACCCUGUGUGAGCAGCUGCUGAGGGGCCUGGGGCAGGUGCUGCGGGACGAGCUGGCCCUGCAAACCCUGGAGGAAUCGCUGGAGCAGGGCCUGUGCUGUGGGCGGGCAGAGCCUCUGCAGGGCCCGGCAGGCCAUGUCCUCGAGUGCCUGGUGCUCCCCUGCAGGACACUGGUGGAGGAGCUUGCAGGCCCAGUCACCUACUUGCUGGGAGCGCUGGCUGCCCUGAGUGAGGCCCAGCGAGUGCUACUGGCCGAGGUGCUGGAGGCUUCAGCCCUGCUGGAGCCCCUCAAGCUGGUGGAGAAGCUUUUGGAGCAGAGCUCCCCGUGGAAGGAGCCCAGGGCCUUAUCCCUGCCACCUGGGCUCCUGGCAGGCAGGUGGGGUCCAGAGGUACCUGCCUGGAUCCUGCUGGAGGCCUCUGGCCUGGAGCUGCAGGUGAACGCCCCCCAGGUGUGCUGGAAGCCAGAGGCCCAGGGCUGCGCGUGCGCACUGUACGCCUGCCUGGCCCUGCUGUCGAAGCUGAGCCAGCUCUGCUAGCUGACGUCCAACGCAGUCACACCUGUCAGCGGCCAGCCCUGCUCAGGCCAGAGCCCCCCCAGCCCAGCGGCCACUCAGCACCGGCUUGGGAGCUGGGAGAAGUCAAUAAAUAGGAAGCACAAAGGCA